CAAUUACAACUAGAGCCCGACACCGAGGCCUACAAACUGUGGAAAGACAUCCCUUUACCCAUAUAUCAAAAGUUUUACUUUUUUAACGUCACGAAUGGGGCGGACAUCGAGCGUAUGGGCGCCAAACCGGUGUUGGUCGAGAUGGGACCGUACGUGUACGCCAGCAAAUGGCGCAAAAAGCACCUUGUUCAUCACGACAACGGCACCGUCUCCUACCGGGAGCACAAAGUCUACCACUUUGUGCCUGAGAUGAGUGUCGGCAACGACACCGACAUUGUAACCUCACUAAACGGUCCGCUGGCCGUAACGCUAAGCCUAUUACAAAACGCUCCGUCGGCCGUACGGGUUGUGGUGGGUCUGGCGCUGGACGCCGUCACAGAGGGUUUCUUCAUCCGCCGCUCAGUCCGACAGCUGCUCUUCGAGGGCUAUCCCGAUGUGUUGACCACUUUCGGACCCCUAUUGAACCCGAAGAUACCCAGCAAUAACAACGGCCGGUUCGGGUGGCUCUACCACCGAAACAACACCGACGAGGGUGUGUUCACUGUGCACACCGGCGCCGAGGGUAUGGAUCAGCUCAAUGUAAUUGAUUCGUUUCGGGGCAAAACGCGACUCGACUACUGGCGCAACGGCUCCGACUGUAACUCAAUCGACGGCUCGACAAACGCCCAGAUGUUUCCGCCGCCGGGAGAGGACACCUCCCGGAGUCUGUACUUAUUUCACCCGGACUUCUGUCGGCGUUGGAAACUGAACUUCAAGACACGGCACUCGAAACGGGGAAUACCGGUCUAUCGGUACGUACCGGACGACAGUCUAUUCAAAAACGCCGACGACUACCCGCCCAACUCGUGUUACAUCAGUCGACUGCCGGCCACAGCCAACCCAUCGCUGUUGGGCAUCGGCCGGUCGCAGACCAACUACUCGAAGCACCAACGUAAAAUACGUUUUGUAUCAGGGGUGUUCGAUAUGAGCGCCUGCAAGUACGGCGCGCCGGUACUCAUGUCGUACCCGCACUUUCUGGGCGGUGACCCCAUCUAUACCCGUGCUGUACAGGGACUCAAACCAGACGCCCGGCGCCACGCUUUCUACCUGGACGUGGAGCCGACCACCGGGUCGAGCAUGGGUUCGGCCGCCCGCGUUCAGAUCAACGUGUUCAUUAACAAACCACCUGGCUUGUUUCGCUAUAGAAAUGUGCCCGAGAUUGUUUUCCCCGUUUUCUGGCAAGAGAUGGGCGCCAAUGUGUCGGCAGCGAUGGCUGAGCGCAUGCAAUGGGCGCUCCGACAGCCGACCCUUAUCUCUGCCGUGUCCUCCGUUUCAAUGCUAUUCAUUGGCUUUCUAUUGGUUUUCGCUUCGCUUUUGUUUCCGUUUUAUAAUUAUUAUCUCAAACACAGCGGCCGUAAAAAAGAGACCGGAAGUGUUGUCUACACCGAUAAGUGCAACGCCAAUAAUACUCAGAUGGAUAAGAUAAUGUCGGCAACGGAUCCAAAUGCACCGCCGAUUGAUGAACAGGGAGUCGAUAACAAAGCCAUGGAUCCAAACUAAUGCCCAAACAAUGACAUGAUUUUUCUGUGAUAUUUCUGUGUA